UCGAGCUGAGCGGAUGGCAGAGAUCGAGAUCGAAAUCGAAAAAACAAAACACAAAACAAAUAAUUAAACAACGAUCUUUACGAAACGUUGCUCAAUCCUGGAGUGUAGUGUAGUUGAUUUUAGCUUUCUUGUAGUGCAUCCUUAUUUGAUUUUGAGUUCGUUUUUGAGUUUUUUGUGUGUGUAAUUUGCAUGCAUUUAGUCUUGGUUCUUUGUGCUUGUGCCUCUUUGUCCUUGUUUGGUUGUCCUUCUCGUCUUCGCUUAACACACAACAACAACAACAACAAUGGAGACGAAUUCUCCCACAACAACAACAACAGCAAUCGCAGUGGCAGCUUCCACAACAGUUUCGGCUACGAGCACAGCUCCCUCGCCAGCCGGCAAGGCACACAGCUUGGUCACAGGAAGCGGAAGCUCCGGYUGCUCGGCCAGCAACACUCUGCUCCAGUCGCUGCCCCAAUCACUGCUCACCACCACCACCACCGCCGCCAGCAACAGCAACAGCAUCGAGCUGCUCAAGCAGGAUGAUGUCAACAAUCUGUCCUUGGCCAGCGGCCUCUCCGAGGGACAGCGCUCACUAUCCGGCGCACCCUCGGCCUCGUCCAGCCCGAUCCUCAGUCCGCAGGGCAAGAUCUUUGGACGCAACGCGAACGGCACUUUAAUCACCACAUCUCGACCUAGCAAUGAGGCGGAGGUGCAGCUGUAUCGAGUGCUGCAGCGCGCCAGCCUGUUGGCCUACUACGACACAUUGCUGGAGAUGGGGGGCGAUGAUGUGCAGCAGCUGUACGAUGCCGGCGAGGAGGAGUUCCUGGAGAUAAUGGCAUUAGUGGGCAUGGCAUCGAAGCCCUUGCAUGUGCGGCGUCUGCAGAAGGCGCUGCACGAAUGGGCCAACAAUCCGAGCUUGUUUCAAGGAGCCAUGCUGCCGCAGCUAGGUUUAUGUGAGACACCUACCAAGCCCGCGCCCGCUUUAAUAUUCAACUCAGACUCAACGCCCGCGCUGCCACGCCAUAAAUACGCAUCCUUUCAGCCCACAGCUCCAAUUCCCUCUGCGGCUGCUGCUGCUGCUGCGGCUGCGGCUGCUUCAGUGGCUCCAUCUUCAGUUGCCAAUGCCCAGAUGCUGGCGCAGAUUAGUGCGCCCGUCAUGUGCCCCGCUCUUCCCGUGCUGCAGAGUCCGACGGCGACGCCUCUGGUAGUCAGCAAUGCGGGCAGCUGUGUGGCUGGGGCCAGCACGGCGCAUCAGGUGUCGUCCAGCUCGCCGCAGCUGACGCCUGUGCUCACCGAGCUGCAGGUGCAGCGCAUCACGAUGUGCGCCGACAAGAUAGCGCGACAGUUGCCGCAGCGGGAGCCGCGCGCCCAGACCUCCAAGAAGCGCACCACUCGCGAGCUGGAGCAGGUGAUUGCCAUGGCGGAGCACGAUCCGAGGCGCAUGGAUGAGAUACGUAAGUAUUCGGCUAUCUAUGGUAGAUUCGAUUGCAAGCGACGCCCAGAGAAGCCGCUGACACUGCACGAGGUCUGCGUGAAUGAGGCGGCGGCGCAGCUCUGUCGUAAUCCCCAGACCAUUUGGCUGCUCACGCGGCGCGACGAGCUCUUCCCACUGGCCCGCCAGAUCGUCAAGGAUGCGGGCUUUGGCCAUUCGGCCAGCAUAGCCCGCUAUGGCGGUCUGCUCACCCAGUUGCCCAACCAGGCAAUGCAGCGUGCGAACAUUGAUCUGGACUGCGAGUCCAGCGAUGCCAUGACUGCUGCCUCGGCAUCGGCAUCKGCAUCAGCCUCAGCUGGCGGUGCUGUGCUGCCCAGCGUCAAGCGGCAGCGCCUGUCCUCCACAGAGGCGGCUCAGCUGCCCAGCGAACUGAACCGGGAAGCUGUGGAGGAUUCGCGCUACAAUCUAUUUGCGAUGUAUCAAAAGUUUGCCAAGCCGCCGUUCGAUUUAACGGAAAUAGCCAAAUUUUCGUUGGGCAAAUCGGCGGACUUUGAGGACAACGAUUCGCGCUUCUCCUUCAGCAACUCCAGCUCGCCGCCCCUGCCAGGCAAUGGUCUGGAAAGUGAAAGAUCGCCCGUCUCCUCGCUGGACGCGUGCUGCCCAAAGCCGAACGAGAACCUCAGCCUAGGCGAAACUGUGGAUCUAACAGCUGCCGGGGUGCAGGUCAUCUCAGCGGCGGGUGACAAUAUCAUUGCCGUGGCGAAUCCCGCCCUGGCACUCAGCCCCACACUGAACGAGGUGCUCAAGCGGAAUGUGGCCUCACCCGAGAUUUAGGAAUGAGCA